CUCUGAUCUCAAUCGUUUCCUUCUUCCUUUCUUCUCCAGCGUCCGAUUCCUCUCCCAUUUCUCACCGGAUCUCUCUCCCGCCAAAUACAAAAAUUCCAUAAACAUUUCCCAGCACCCAAACCAGGUAUUUCAGUUUAUCACAGUCAUAAUCAUCCACCACAACCAUCAUCGUCCCUUUCCCUCUCUCUUUCUCUCUUUAGGGUUUCGCGUCCACCUCGCACCUAGGAUUAGGGUUCCGGCGAUCAUGGCCGACGGUCCGGCGAGCCCAGGCGGCGGAAGCCACGAGAGCGGUGACCAUAGCCCUCGCUCCAACAUAAGGGAGCAGGACAGGUUCCUUCCCAUCGCUAACAUCAGCCGCAUCAUGAAGAAGGCGCUUCCCGCCAACGGAAAAAUCGCCAAGGAUGCCAAAGAAACUGUUCAGGAAUGCGUCUCCGAGUUUAUCAGCUUCAUCACCAGCGAGGCCUCUGAUAAGUGCCAGAGAGAGAAGAGGAAGACUAUUAACGGUGAUGAUUUGCUCUGGGCAAUGGCGACUCUCGGUUUCGAGGAUUAUAUUGAUCCCUUGAAGAUUUACCUCACAAGAUACAGAGAGAUGGAGGGUGACACCAAGGGUUCAGCAAAGGGUGGAGACGCUUCUGCUAAGAAAGAGGUUCAACCAAGUCCUAAUGUUCAGCUUGCUCAUCAAGGUUCUUUCUCACAAGGCGUUAAUUACACUAACCCUCAGGGUCAACAUAUGAUGGUUCCUAUGCAAGGUCCAGAGUAGGUAGAGUCUAUUGAUUCUUGCGUGGUUGUCGUGUGUUUUCAAUGCUGUUGGAGGUUUAGUAAGUGGCCUCGGCAUAUUGAAUGUAUUUUUAUAUUAUGUGAAUACUGACAUAGGAGACGUUGGUUCUUGUUUCCAGAUAUUUUUUGCAAUUAAGGUUUGUAUAUUAACUUUGGAUUAGAAUUAUUCGGAAGUUAUAUUGUAAUCUUGAAGUCUUGUUAUCUGAUUCUGUCACACUGAUGUAAGCAUGAAUUGGUACAUUCCUUCCACUAUUUCUUUGUACAAUAAUGGAUGAAGAUGGUUCCAAUUUUUUAAAUCUA